AUGGAAGCUAGACUCUCAAAAUGGUCUUUUAUUAAUGUUUCUGAAGCAGGGAGAUCUGUGAUGAUUAGGAAUGUAACUAACUCUAUUUCAGUGCACCAUAUGAGCAGCUUCAAAAUUCAAGAUUCUACUAUAUCCAAAAUCAACUCAGUUCAGCAACAAUUCUGGGGAAAUAAGAAGAAUAACAAAGGAAAACACUUCAUAGCAUGGAGAGAUGUCAAUAAAUCUAAAGAAGAAGGAGGUCUGGGAUUUAGAGACCUUGAGGUUUUCAAUAGAGCACUAUUAGCUAAAUUUUCCUGGAAACUUUGCACAGAUGACACUUCCAUUUAUGUUAGGUCACUUAGAGCAAAAUACUUUCCUAAUGGACUUGUUUUCAAUACAAGUGAACAUCCUAAAUUUACCUGGUCCUGGAGAAGCAUUAGUUCAGAGCUGCAAUUUGUUAAUAAAUAUAGCCUUCGGUCAGUUGGUGAUGGGAAGAAAAUUCUAAUUUGGAAGUAUAGAUGGAUAGAAGGUCUUGAUAGUCCUCCCAUUCCUAAAGCCAGUGCUACACAUUAUCAAGACUUCACUUUUGUUGUUCAACUUUAUGAUACAAAUAAAGGUGGAUGGAAUAUCAGUUUACUCUCAACUUCAUUUGAUCCAGCUACUCUUACUCUAAUUCUCAAGAUAUCUAUUCAUCAUAACUUGGAAGACAGACUUGUUUGGUCCCUUGAGAGGAAUGGCUGUUUCUCAGUAAAGUAA